GCAAUGCUUUUGUGAUGUGACACUUUGUGAUGAUUUUGUUGUGUCAAGAUGGAACUAAAAUGCUACCAUAUGCUCAAUUUUAUUUUAAUGUGAAAGUCGUGCUAUCUUGUAAAGAUAGUAUACUACAUAUACUAGUUACUAGGUGUUUGUUUUCAUUCAUGGUGUCCAUGAAUGCUGUAGUCUUGUGUUACAUUCUGCACAUAUGAAAAUCUGCAGCAAUUUGGUACAAGCAGUACCCUGAAUCACAUACUCUGAGGUGUUCCAUCUUAUUUUAUUGUCUCUAUGUCUUUCUCUCUCUUUUUUUUCUCACCUAAGUCCCUGUUUCUCGGUCAUUAAGCUUGUACAGCGAGUAUGCAUGUCAGUUUUUGUUGCUUCCCUCGACCAUUAUUUUUCUUCAAAAAUCAGAAUGUUUCAUUGCAACUUUAUAUAGCUUAAGUUGUAGUCUAUGCAACCCCAUCUUUCUUUUCGUCUCUAGUGUUUUGUUAAAAACAUCUACAUUCCCCCCAACCAAUUCAUACGGGCAUUUUUUUCUGCGAAUGUAUUGAUAGUUAUGCAAAAGCUGUAGUCCCACCAAUUUUUUUCUAUGAGUAGUCUCAACCAGAUUGCUUGAGGUGGCCAAGUUUCCCUUUUUGGGGUUUUCCUAAUCAGUUGAGCUCUGGCCCAUUCUCAUAUGCUAAUCUUUUCUAGGAAGAUCGCUAGUGUUGCACGAGCAAGAAUCGCCGAUGUCAUUAUACACUAUUCUAAGGUGCUGGCCAGCUGGCUAGAGAUGUGUGUGGUCACGACCUAGUGGUUUUUGUUCAUUUUCUUCACUCUAGUGUCUUUUGUCCAUUUCUUCCUAAGUCUCCUGUUCUGGUCUCUUAUGUUGUUAUCUAUCAUUUUCUGUAUAUAUUCAUUCUAAGAUGAACAACUGACUUCUUACUAUUCUUCUUGCAAAUCAGUUUGUAGUGUCCUACUUAAGUGUCUACCUUUUAAAAUUCAAGUUCAAAACUUAAAAUUGGCUAUCCUUUUGGUAACUAUUCACUCUUUUUUCUUUAGUUUUCAUUUUUUGUAUAUAAAUAGGAGUGUCCUACUUAAAGUGGCUCCAGAUAGGCAUGGCUGUUACCGAAUCCUCAUUCUCAUCCGUCUUCAGUCUUGCCCCCUCUAUUUUUGCAGUCUGUACAUUGCUUGUCAUUCUGUAGGCUUGCUAUUUCAUUUCUUCAUUUAUCUGUUUUCCUGUCAUUCUUCAUUUAUCUGCCUUGUUUUUCUUCAUCUUGUCAUUUAUACAGGAUGGAAAGUCUUCAUUUAAUUUUCCUUCAGUAUGAUUUUUUCUUUCUAUCAGUCUUCAUUUUAUCAUAUUUAAUUAUCAUUUGCAUCUUUCUUCAGUCCUAUCUCUCAUGGGUCUUGUCUUUUAGUAGAUGAUUAUUUCUGUUGUGAAUCUUAUGUUCCUGUAAGUGCUAAAAAAUUUCAGCUUUUUGCACUAGUUUUUUUGUUAGAUUAUUUUCAGUUUUUAGUCGUUAGUAUACGUAAGUAUCAGUCUCAUUUCUCUUCAGCUAUAUAUUAAGUGGUUAUUAUUUCGCUAGUGUUUGUUCAGUAUCUUAAGUGUCUCAUUUUAGUUCUCUUUAGUUAUUUGGUCACUAUUUGUUCUUGUCUAUCAGUUUUAAGUUCAGUCAUUUAUUAGUGUACUUUUGUUAUGAUCGGCAUAUUAGGGGCUUAGCCCAAUGAGUUGUGGCCCAAGUUAUUUUAUCGUUAUUAGGGGCUUAGCCCAAUUAUUUUAUCGUUAUUAGGAUCGUUUGCUUAGGAGUCAAGUAAACCUCUUUAUAUAAGGAGAGGAGAUGUAUCAAUCUAAUAAAGCAAGAAGCAAUCAUUAUUUGCUUGGCUUCCCGAAGGGAGCCGGGAGACCUAACCCUAGCCGCCUCUUGCGCCGCCGCCGCCUCUUCUUCAUCGCGCCACGGCGCCCCGCCGCCGACAGCCGCGAUCGCAUCUCCGUCAACCCUCCUUCCCGUACAACCUACGCCCUAGACCGGGUAGGAUCCUACCUCCUACCAAUUUGGUAUCAGGUAGCUCGGUUCCGAUCAUGUCUACACCACCACCCAACCCGCCGCUGCCCGUCACCACCGCGCCGCUGCCUCUCUCCACCGCGUUGCUGGCUCUCCCCACCGUGCCGCUAGACUCCACCACCGGCGCCUCCACAGGCCAGAUGCCGCCGCCCUUCACCGCGCCGCCCGUCGCCGUCUACUCGCCGGCGGAGAUGACCGGGAUCCUCAACGACCUCGUCACCACCGUCCAGGGCAUACGCCUCUACCUGGCCGGGCCCUACGGGCAGCCGCCGCGACCGGGCCAGUCGCCCUGCCUUGGUACGGGGCCACCACGGAGCCGAUCGGGCCUCUACACCACCACUGGCCCGGUCAGCCGUCGCCCGCCGUCGCCCCCCACUAGCCGCAGUGGCCGGCUCCGGCGAUCGCCGCGCCCCCUACGCCUUCCGUGUCCGGGCAGCCGCAGCCGCAGCUGCCGGCCCCACCGCCGCCCGCUGCCGUGCCUCAAUGGCCACAGUGGCUGGUCCUGGCCCUCGCGGCGCCCCCCACGCCACCCGGGUUCGUGCCGCCGCAGCUGCCGGCCCCGUCACCGGCCAGCACGGGGCCCGGGUCACCGUCACAGGGAGGCAUACCGAUCCAGCAAGUGCGCUUCCCGCCGUCGCCGUCCCCAAUACUGGCCUGGCUGGCCGGAUCAUCGUCGCCACCCGUCUACACGUCGGCUGGAGACCCGCCGUCACCCACUCUGCAGUUCGGCGAUCCCUCCGGCUCGGCGGGGCACUCCACGGGCCGCGGCCAUACUGACCAGGCGCCCCAAUCCUCGAUGCUUCGCACCUCCAAGCCAGUUGGCCACGGCGCUCCGAUUCAGACACCGCCGCGGUUUGCCAAACUGGACUUCGCCACUUAUGACGGCACAGAGGACCCCCUCAACUGGCUCAACCAGUGCGAGCAGUUCUUUCACGGGCAGCGCACCCUCGCCUCGGAGCGUACCUGGCUCACCUCUUACCACCUCCGCGGCGCGGCACAGACCUGGUACUAUGCCCUCGAGCAGGACGAGGGCAACAUUCCCCCUUGGUAGCGCUUCCGCGAGCUCUGCCUCCUUCCUUUUGGGCCACCGAUCCGCGGGAGCCGCCUGGCAGAGCUAGGCCACCUUCCCUUCACCUCCACGGUUCAGGACUUCGCCGACCGUUUCCAGGCCCUGGCAUACCACGCGUCGGGCGUGACGGCACAGCAGCGUGCCGACCUCUUCGUUGGUGGACUUCCGGAUCACAUCCGCAUGGACGUGGAGCUUCGGGAACCCCAGGAUCUCCAGACGGCCAUGUAUUACGCCCGCGCGUUCGAGCGCCGCGCGGUGGCCAUCCAGCAGGCAUCACCAUCCCGGUCCGCUGGGCCACUACCCUGGCCGGAUGUUCCCGCGCAGGGUCGGCCUGCUCAGGCUUCUGCGGCACUCCUCGCCGCGACCGCAGCGCGCCUGUUCCGCCGGCUCACCUCGGCCGAGCUACUCGAGCGUCACCGCCAAGGGUUGUGCUUCAAUUGCGAUGAGCCCUACACGCCCGGCCACGUCUGCCCGCGACUCUUCUACCUGGAGGUUGCAGACUACAUUGAGGAGGACGCCGUCGCUGCCGACCUGGCCGCCCCAGUUGUCGCGAAGGUGUUUGACGCUGGUUAAUCACCUCGAGGAGUUCAGCAAGCGCUUCCCCACCUUACAGCUCGAGGACGAGCUGUUUGUGCAAGCGGGGAGAAGUGUUAUGACCGGCAUAUUAGUGCUUAGCCCAGUGGGUUGUGGCCCAAGUUAUCUUGUCGUUAUUAGGGGCUUAGCCCAAUUAUCUUAUCGUUAUUAGGAUCGUUUGCUUAGGAGUCAAGUAAACCUCUCUAUAUAAGGAGAGGAGAUGUAUCAAUCUAAUCAAGCAAGAAGCAAUCAUUAUUUGAUCGGCUUCCUGAAGGGAGCCGGGAGACCUAACCCUAGCCGCCUCUUGCGCCGCUGCCGCCUCUUCUUCAUUGCGCCACGGUGUCCCGCCGCCGGCAGCCGCGAUCGCAUCUCCGUCAACCCCCCUCCUUCUCGUACAACCUACGCCCUAGACCGGUAACAGGGAUGGUGUGCCCAAUCUACAAGUCCGACUGAGCUAGCCAUCGCUCAUCGGGUUUAAAUUUUGGUGUUUGAUUGUCUGAAGACAUUGAAAGCUCAGUGGAAUGUGAGGGGUGGAAAUUCAUCAUUGAGGUCAGGAAAGAACACAGGAGGACCUACAUCUGUGGCAUUGGGUGGGAGGACUUCAUCAGGUUGAACAAUCUCAGUGAGGGAGUUUUGCUCCGUUUUGUACUCGAUGGACCAGUGCCAAAGUUGCAGAUUUGCAUGGUUUCGCCACCUCCCAACCAGGCUGAUCUAGCGCUUGAGGCUGUUGUGUUCACGGAAGACAUCAAGAAGAAGGCAAGAAAGAGUGCAAAGCUGUAUGAAACUCUACUGUAUUGAGCAACGGAUACAUGGGGUGCCAUGUGUGCAUCUUUUUUUGUUCAUUUUCAGUGUGACCAUUCAAUCCUUAGUUUUCUGGUCUCCAGUAUAUUCUUGUUGUGGUCAGUUUUGAACUAGAUAAGAAAGUUAAAGGGACAUAUAGCUAAGCGAGACUCUGGUUUGCAUCCAGCAUCAUGUUUACUUGGCUCCUAUUUUUGUUACUUUUUUAA